AUGACGGACACGAAGGAGCACGGCCCUCUGGCACAGGACGCGCUCAUGUCCUGCGGCGUCGGCAAACAUCGUGUUAAGGAGCUGGCCCGCCGAAUCUGGUAUUUGGAAGACAGACUCCUCGCCAAGGAGGCGCUGCCCGGAGACGAAGCUCCAGACUACGACGACUCCGUCGAGGAGAGCUGGAAGACGUCGCUGGAGGCGCAUUCCUCGGGAGCCUUCAUGGCCGGCUUCGAGCUCGACGUCGGCUCCAACGCCGCGACCUCCUUCAACGACAUGCGGUCGCGAGAGGGCGUCAGCGACGCCGGGCGCGCGCUCUACGUCGCAUGGGAGGCGUGCCGGCGCCUGGUAAACGUGAGCACGCCGACGCCGAGGAAGGCGUCGCGGUGCGUCACACUGACCUCGGACGACUAUGGUCACGUGGUACGCGCGCCGUACCUCUUCUCGGCCCUAACGGCCACGAGGCUGGCCCAGGUGAAAACCAUGAUCGGCGGCGUCGUUCGCGAGUUGAUCGCGAGCAUCGACGGCUCCCGUUGGCUACCCCGCGGCUUCCGGGAGGACCUGAAGAAUAGAGUGCGUCGCAUGCGUUGGAUGUUGGGAUACGCGCCUCGCCUGGACCAAUGGAUUGGAUUGGACAGGUUCUACCGCGGAUACCCGUCCGCAACGGGCGUCUUCGCGGCUGAUUACUUGGCCUCGAGACAGGAGCGCAUGCGCCGGUUCCUGGAGUCCCUGCACGACGAUGACGCGGACACGCGGUUCGCAUUCGUCGAGCAGCCCCAGACUGAGCCAACGUACGUGGCCUCGCAAAACAGGGUAGCCCUGCCGGCGGCGUCCAUGCUUCCGCCCCUGUUCGAAGCGCGGAGCCUGCCGGAGGUCAACUACGGACUCCUGGGUUCGGUGCUGCUGAGGGUCAUGACGCGGGCCACCAUGGACGAAAUCAACAUCAGGCACGUCGGCGAUGACCGGGAUGCUUGGAGCCAGCGCAAUGUGAAGCAGUUCGUCGAAAGGUUGUCGUGCAAGGGGACGUCGGCCGGCGUCACGGCCGGUGCGCCGAGCGUGUCCGUCGGGGUGCACGCACUGCUGCGGGCAUUCCGAAAAGCGGCCGCCCAGGACGGCCGCCGUCGCUCGAUGUCCCAGGCGCAGCGUGGUAGCCGUGGCCGGUUGUUCUUCAUGAGCCGCUGCCUGCUCUUCUGCGCCGACGACCACAGCGCGGCUUCGCAACCUCUGCACCACCGCUGCAACGUGAUGGCCCGCCGUUCGUCCGAGUUCGCAGAGGCAUUCGGAUGCCCCGACUGGCGCAACCGGACGCGGGACCGGUGCGACGUCUGGUAG